GAGCACUGACACGUCUCUCCUCUUUCUCUUCCCAUGUCUGUUCCGUGACAUUUAUAUUCCGCACCAUCGUGUCCUUGCUCAAAUCAAGCUAUUAAUUACUCAAAACCCCUAGAAAAUAGUUGCGUAAAAGCCAUUGAUUUUGCUUAAUUAAUUAAUCUUGUGCAUUCAUCUUACACUCAGAUUUUUUACAUUUCACAUAUAAUUAGCUUUUUGGGUGUGUGUGUAUAAUAUACAUAUGGGGAAGAGAAAGAGAAGAACUGAUCUCAAUAAGACUACUACUCCAACAGUUUAAAAGGAGGUCUUCAUGAACAAAAUUGGGAGGUGAAAAAUGAGAAGAGAAGAUUUCAUUUUGAAAAAUUGGGAGGUGAAACAGAAUCUUCAAGCACCAAAUGAGCUGGCAUUGUGAAUUUGUGAUGAACUUUCUUAUCGACCUUACUUGGAGGAUUUUUCUUGUAUACAUUAAGCAGAAGGUAUCUCAUCAAGUUGACUGCAGAGCAGUGAAAUCUUUCUCAUCAAUCAUGGAUAUCAUAGAUGAUACUUCAAAGGUAAUGCAAUGCCAGCAAUCAUCUAUUGUUGACCAUCGAAAUAUUGACCAGGCAAUGUGUUCAAAGCAUCAUCGUAACUACUAUGGGCUCCAUUAUUCUCGACGAAGGUCUGCUGAUAAUGCUGAGGCAUCAACUUCCCGUGGUGGAACGGCUCCUUUUUGUGAUGGGAAGCUGUCCUUAAAGCUAGCUAGUAUAUGCAACUCUGAUUCGGGACAUGACACAGAGAGUAUGCAGACUGAAUUUCAUAAACCAGAAACAGUUACAUCCAAUCUAUUGGCAACGAAUGCAAUAUCUUCCAAGGUCACGAAGCUGUUUUGCGGAUUAUGUCAGAAGCCAUUGAGAAAGAAACACUAUAUGCUCGAUAGCAACAUAUCUUCCGGUGAGCCCUCUGUUGUGGCAGUUUUGGUUUGUGGUCAUCUUUACCAUGCUGAUUGUUUGGAAGAAAGAACACAUCAUGAGGAUGUAAGAGAUCCACCCUGCCUGAUUUGUCGUGGUCCUAUUGAAUAGGUUCGCUUUUGUACCUGAAUCGAUAAUUUCCGACAGUCUUAGACGUGGAUCUAGGAUUUGAAAAGCUAGCUGUAAGUGGCGUAAUCUAACAUAUAUACAUAUGUUGAAAAAUCUUGAUAAAAUGUAACCUCAUAUUAUGUGUAUAUAUAGUUCGAGCCGAAGACAGUGAGUGCACGUUUUAUGGUUUGGAGACAAGAUAUAAUGAAAGGGAAUUGUAGCUGACAAGAGGCACCAAGAAUCACUUAAGAGUCUGUAUAAACUUUUCAGUGUUUUCUUCCUCUAUAAACUGGUAAUUUAUUAUUCUA